CCGGCCCGCUGGCAACAGCCGGUAAAAUGGCGGCGGCGCAUCAGUCCUAUUGGCGCCUGGCGAACCUGGGCAUCCCUCCUCACCCCCAGCGCUACCAGGCGCUGCUCGACGAGUCGGAACCCUUUCAGCUCGUGUUGAAGAUUUUGGAGGGGUUACCUUUCAGAGCGAGUUUGUUGGAGGGAGUGGCGAAUGUACAGUGUCAGCUGCGACUGAGCCUCUUUGAUACAACAUACUCCCAUUUCUUUGGCAGAACGUGGAAGAGUUCUCCACAGCCCAUAAAACAUACCCACGGUCAGCCAGCAAAAGUAUCAUUUAACCAGGCUGUUUAUUUCCAUAUUUCCCUAAACUGUACUCACAUUGCGAUAAUUGUGGAGGUGGUGGCUAUCGCAAAGAAACAUGAAGGAAAUGAACAGAUCCUCUCGUGUGGGUUUGGAAUUCUUCAAUUACCGAACAGGCAGAAGCUUGCAUCAGAGGCCGAUAAAUCUAAAAAAGUUAAAAGGUUGAAUCUCUAUCAUGGCACUCCAAGAGCAUUGCUGCAUCCAGUGUCGGAGGACUCUACGGAGAGGAGUAAAUUUAUGACAUUGAUUGAAGGCAGCGCCGUCUUUUACACGCUAUUGACUCAUCCUCCCCUGAUGGAAGUUCGUCACCUCAUCCCAGAAAACCUAUUAAUCUCAGGGUCAGAUACCAUCCCUGGUUUGGCUGCAAGUACUGGGCAAACAAGUGACGCUCUGAGGAAACCUAAUUUGCUGAAGACUGUAACCUGCUUCUUGGAUAAGCUGUCGCUUCAGUUAUACCCAACAGUGGAAAAAUUUGAAGAGGAGCUGGUGGAAUUGCUUAAUGCAGACCGGCUGCUUAAGAAUGACCAAAUUACUGAUGGAAGUACUGUUGUUAUUCAAGAACGAAGGCUGCAUGUUGGGGUACACAAUGGCUUGUGUUACGUCCAGAAGCCACAGGUGGUGGUUUUGAUACCAGCGACAAUGCAACGGAAAUCUGGGGCCAUCUCUAAAAAUUUGCUGAAGAAAUCUCUGAUUCUCAGAAGUCGCAUCCAGCUGACCGAAAUGGUUAAACAUGAAUUCUUUGGUAUACUUUUCCACUUGGAGUAUGUGUUCCACACCUCCACAGGACUAAGAAAGGUAUCUAGCAUGUCAUUGGAAAACACUGCAUAUAUGCAAACACUGAGGUGGGCGGUUUGGAAUCCAUUCUUGGGACCCAACAGCAACUCUGAUAUAACAGUAUCACUUCAUGGUGGACCCUCACCCAACCCAUGCAAUUUGCUGGUUUACAAAACUCCCUCCACGGAGAUGAGUUCAGAUGAGGUGAAACAGGUUGAAUCGGGUACCAUCACCUUCCAUUUCUCAUGUCGUGCAGAUCGGCAUUUGAGCACGAGUCCUGAGCAACCAGCGAAUACACCUGAUAAAAAACCCCAGUUGUCCUCUUCAUCCUUGUGGAAAACCUCAGAUUCUUCCGGGCCUCAACACGGGACAGGGGAAGCUCUGCAAAGAGGAAGCAUCAUUUAUAUGGACUCAAAUGCUGUUCUGAAUGCCCAGACAUUGGAGCAAUUGCAUGAAUUGCCUUUCACAUCAAUGCAGGCACCAAUCAUGGCCAUGGGAACAGAGGUUGGAGGGACAACUACUGUGACUUCAAGGGCAUCUUUGGCACAAAUGCAGGCAUUUGGCUUUCCUGAGAUCCGAGAUGAUAAAAAUGAACUGGCAGUGGUAAUUGAUUCAGAAAAGCUACCAAGCAUGAAUCUACGGAUGGAAGAAGAAGAUCAUCUUCAGUGCAACGAGAUAAUUCUGCAAUUCCUGGCUUACAGCAGGGUACCUCGGGAAAGUGAUCAUCCAAGAUCAGUCUACUUCACCUUACAGUUUUAUCGCUUUCCACCAGUUACAACCCAACAGCUGCAACUUGUGAAGAUGAAAAAAAAGGGACCUAAAAGUUCCAUGCAUUUCAUCCUGGUACCACUAAAUAAAAAUGGCAUUGGUAAUAUAGAUUCCCCAGGGUUGGAGCUGAAAUUUAUGGUGGAGCCCAGUCUCAUGAAGGAUGGAGAACAGCGGUGGUUUAUGCAGUACCUGGCCUUGCAGACACUGCAGAUUGAUGUCUGGGAUGCAGAGUCUUUGCUUUUGAUUGGCACUGCUUCUGUUGACCUGAAGCAUUUGCUACGUCACGGUCUUUCUGCAGUCCAGGUGUCCCAUGAACUGGAGGUGGUAAACACAGACUAUGCCCCAGAUGUACCGAUGUCCAUAUCUGAUUUCACAAAUCAUGGUGCCGUUAAGCCUUAUGGAGUGACAACAGUAAUAAAAGGAAGGCUACAUCUGCGCCUAGGAAACGUUGGUCACCGGAGUGAGCAGAGAGUGAAGAGACCUUUUCCUACUCUUCAGUCCAAGAUCAUUUCUGCCCAUGACAAUACCAGCAAGUUUUACGGAGGAAGUUUGACUACUCUAACUGUAGGGAACGUAAAUGGUUACAAGGUGUACAGAGCACAGCGUUUGGUGGACCUAGAUGGUGAGCUGGCCUCAGUCCUUUUUUCCAGAGCAAGGAUCAACAGUGUUGGGCAGAUGCAAUCAGACAGCGACGGAGAGAUCAUUCGCAAACGGAAGCUGAGCCGGAUGAUAGCUGUUCGACAGCAAGAGUCUGGCACUGAUCUUCCAUCAAAGAGUCACAUUCUGGUAAAACGUGAAUAGAUGAUGCCUCAUGAGCGAGACCUGCAGGUCAUAGAAGCAUAUCGCGAGCAACUCAAAGCACAGAGCAUCAACAAGAUGUUAUCCCUGGCCAUUACCACACAGUUCACAUUGUACUCUACACUUGGGAAUGCUGAAUUUUUUGAAUUUACUCUGAAAAAUCCUUACAGUGUUCAGCAUACUGUAACAGUUGAGUGUGAACAUCCAGAACUCAGUGUCAUUGUGAACAGCAGAGAAUGGAAGUACUUCAAGAACCUGAGCAAAGUACAGACCCCUUUGGAAGAGGAUAUGUUCCACAUUGACGGAGGUGUGCAGUUCCCACAAAUCUACCUACGGCCCAAAGAGACUGUCUAUAUCCCAUUUAAAUAUCAAACCUUCAGCGUUGAUCAUUCUGUUGCCCCACAGGGUCCAUCUGAUGGGGGUCUUGCUAGAAAGAACCUGACUAAUCGGGAACAGCCCCACACACCCAAGAAGAUUGAAGUAUAUUUUAAAAUAGAAGAUAAGAAGCCAAUUGCUAUCCUCCACGUGAGUGUUGAGGCUCAGCCUUAUGUGAUUGAUCAGACAUUCCGCUUUUACCAUCCCGAGCUUACAUUUUUGAAGAAGUCUAUCCGCCUCCCACCAUUUCAGUUUCUGACAGAUAUGAAGGUGAAGGAAUCACAAGCCGAGUUUCAAAUAUAUGUCCGUUGCACCGAUUUAAACGUCAUUUGUAACAUAAAGAAAAUGGCUCCCAAUGAGCCCCAAGAUAUUUUCUUGAAAGUGGCAUGUGGACCCACUCCAGAGAUCAAGAAGUUUUUUGUCCUGAUUUACAUGGACCCCUGGCUGGCCAUGCCUAUCCAGGUAUGGCAGUUCUAUGUACAGUCACUCCAGCGGGUAGAUGUCAACUGUGUGGUGGGCCAGCUAGCCCAAUUGUCACUGGUGUUGCGAGGCACACAAUCUGCCAGAAAGGUGGCUGCCUACACCUCAGACCCUGAAGAGAUUCAGAUUACGCCAUCAGAUGUCUUUACACUUCCACCACAUGUGGUCAAAGAUCUGCAUCUUCGCAUCCGGCCUCAGAUAGAAGGAGAGAGAUGCAUCUAUCUGAAUGUGGUAGAUGUAGAUUUCCGUCAGCUGGUGGCUUCUUGGCUUGUGUGCUUAACCUGUAAACAACCCACCAUCUGUAAGGCCUUUGAGAUCUCUAUUUCUGUCGAGGAAGGGAAAGGUAUCAACAAGCGGAUCAAUUACACCAAUCCCUACCCAACAAAACGAUUGUACUUCCUGCGAACCAAUCGCGCUGAUUUACUCCUGUUCAAAGAAGAUUCUUUUGAGCUUGAAGGUGGUGAAACCUACCACAUAGGCCUACGGUUUGCACCAGUCCUGAAUACUGGGGAGGAGGAAAUCCUGGUUUUCAUUAAUGAUCAGGCAGAAAACAAUGAAGAAACUUAUUGUGUGAAAGUAACAUACCAAUAAAAUCAUUCUUGAAUGCCAGAUGCACCGGAGUGUGUGAAGUUACUUCAUUUAAAGAAAGAUACAACCCUCCGCCAUCAACCUGUGGAAGGAUCGUCACUGCUGGAGCUCAUGUGCACAUGCCAGUCUGUCAAUGAAAUCACUUGGACAAGAUUUGACGGCUGCACCAGCAGGAAAGCUUUCAGUUCCGUUUUAAACUGCAACAAAGUGACUGCUACUUGUCAGGCUGGUACUCUGCUUCAUACUGCAUAAAAUGAUUGCCAAAUCAUGGGAUUGUAUCACUCGAUUCAUACUUUGCUCUCUCAAUCCAAACUGUUUUGUUGCCAAAAUGUAACUCUCGUCUCUAAUGUGGUACUGGUUGUAGAUAAUAGAAGAGGUCCAAGCAUCACUCAUAAAUAUAAUUACUUGCUUUAGUUUCCAUAACAUGGUUCCUCUCUGUCAGCUGAAAGCCUUAUCUUUAUUUUCAUUAACUCAAAGUCCUCCUGCUCCAACAGACUUCUCGCCAAUCUUCCAAGCUGCAUCCUGGACUAUCUCCAAUUCAUCGAGUGUGCAGCUGCCCAACUCUUUUGCAAUGUCCCAUUCACUCAGCAGUGCUUUUCUUCAACAGCCAUUGGCAAUAGUUCAAAUCAAAUGAACAUUACAAUUUUGGUUAUCCUUUUAAAAUCUCUCCGUGAAUUAUAGUAAUUGACCUUUUCAAUGUUAUGACCUUAUGACCCACAUGAUGUACUGUUAACUUUCACGUGUGUCCUUAUGUGACAUUA